AUGGAGAAGAAGCGCGAAGGAGUAAUCGAAGGAAUGAGUCGGAUCGUAUCAGAUCCUUACUAUUUCCUCCAUUUCAUGGCCUUUUUCUCCUACCUUCCGAUUCGCAACUCCGCUGCACAGUACACUUCUCAACGACUCUUCGACAGAGAAGUCCAAGCAUUUCUAGCGUUUCUCAUGUUUUCCGCCAUUAAGAUGGUGAGGGAGGAAACAUGGGAGGCCUUCGUUGCAGAUAGCGUACUCUAUGCUAAAAUCUUUCUCGUAGCGGUUUCGCUGAUUAUGGAUUAUCGAGUGGCGAUCUGGUUUAGUGUCAUAUUUUCAGUCAUAUAUCUCUUGGCUCAACAACCGGCAUUUAGUAAAUUAGGAACUUCGAAGAAGCUGACACCAAUGCAGUUGGAAGAUUUGCUAUCAGACGGGAACACAACAAAAUACUGGUUGAUAGAAUUUUAUGCUUGUAGUUCCUCAAAGUGUGUUCGUUCAAGCCGCUGCUUUCCGGAGCUCUCCAUCACGUACUCGAACAAUCUUUUGUCUUUUGGAACCAUCGACCUAGGACUUUUCCCUAAUACUGCAGCUAAGUUUGGAAUAUCUCUCGCCGGUGGAAUGUCUCAGCUUCCCACAUACAUAUUGUUUGAAAAGGGUGUCGAAGUUUCUCGGUUCCCAGACUUUUAUGUUGACGCUGCACCUUCUUUACCCAUAACCAAGAAACUUCUGUGUCAACAUUUUGAGCUUGAUCGGCUUUUGCUGGACUACAUUAACGGAUCAUAA